GAUUCUAAUUUCUCGUGUAGUCGGUUUGUGUUAAUGGAAAGUGCGUGCCAAGUGUUUUUAUUGUUUUUCUUUAAUAUUUUUCAUCACAGUUUUUUUCCAAUUCUAUUUUGAGACAUUUUGAAAUUAUUUCCUUUCGAUAGUACUAUUAGGUUUCGUUUUAUACGUUGUUAUCGAACUUUGCGUUGUAAAAGUGAAGCCAAGUUUCGAAGGCAUAAAAAUCUAAUUAGUUCGUGAAGCUUCCAUGCUCCUUCAAACAGAAUGGACGAAAUACUUAACCAACCUAGUUCAUCGAAAGGCAGGCAAUAGCCUCCGGGGCGGCAUCGGCAGCCGCGGGCAGCGCGAAUCAUGACGCGAUUUAGCCACGUCAGUGCGCCUAACGCGAGCUCGGCACCGCCGUAUGAGCUGACAGCAAGCGCGGGCAGCUGCGCCGACGCGGUCGGCGCGCUGCUCCCGGCGCAGCUGCACCAGCCACCCUCCUCGCAGCCGCGUCAUGACCCGCGCAAGAGAAAGGACAAGCACUUUGGCGCUGGCCGCUACGAAAUGUCCAGCUGCGAGCCGAACCUGCACGCCCCAGCCAUACCCUCCUCGCCGAGCUCCAAUCGUAAACGCAAGGGAUCAUCUUAUGGAGCCGGCAGCGCAUGCGAUGACGACGCCGACGAUGACACACGCUCCACCCUCACGCUGCCCGACAAGAAGCAAAACCACUCCGAGAUAGAGAAACGGCGCCGCGACAAGAUGAACACAUACAUAACGGAGCUGAGCGCGAUGAUCCCGAUGUGCGGCGCGAUGGCGCGCAAGCUGGACAAGCUGACGGUGCUGCGCAUGGCCGUGCAGCACCUGCGGUCGGUGCGCGGCGCGCUGUCCGCCUGCCCGCUCACCGCGCGCCCCCGCCCCGCCUUCCUGUCUGAGCGAGAGCUCAACGAACUCAUCCUGCAAGCGGCGCACGACUGUUUCUUGCUCGUGGUUGGCUGCGACCGCGGCAGACUCUUGUACGUGUCCGCUUCCGUUAAGAGGAUGCUCCAAUACGAUCAAUCGGAGCUCCUGGGACAAAGCCUGUUCGACAUUCUACACCCAAAAGACGUGGCUAAAGUGAAGGAGCAACUGUCUUCCUCCUACCUCAGUCCUCGGGAACGACUUAUCGAUGCAAAGACGAUGUUGCCAGUAAAGGCAGACCUGGUGGCGGGCGCGUCGCGGCUGUGCCCGGGCGCGCGGCGCUCCUUCCUGUGCCGCAUCAAGUGCAAGCUCGACAGCGAGGCGCCGCAGCAGCCCGCGCUCGUCAAGGAGGAAGCCGACCCCACCAAAAUAAGGAAGAAAGUCAACGAGAAGAAGUUCUGCGUCGUUCAGUGCACAGGUUACCUAAAGCUGGCAGCGCCGGUGGAGGUGUGCGUGGGCGGCGAGGCCGGCGACGACGGCGAUGGCAGCAUGUCGUGCCUGGUGGCCAUCGCGCGCGCGCUGCCCGACCCCGCGCCCGCCGCCACGCGCACAACCGCGCCGCCCACCAGGCGCCUGCAGUUCGUCUCCCGGCACGCCCCCGACGGGAAAUUUGUCUUUGUCGACCAGAGGGUGACGCUGGCGCUGGGGUUCCUGCCGCAGGAGCUGCUGGACACGAGCCUGUACGAGUACGUGGGCGCGGGCGCGCUGGGCGCGGUGGCGCGCGCGCACAAGGCGGCGCUGCUCAGCCGCCAGCCGCUGCUCACGCCGCCCUUCACCUUCCGCCGCAAGAACGGCUCGCUGGCGCGCAUGCAGACGCACUUCAAGCCGUUCAAGAACCCUUGGACUAAAGACAUCGAGUACCUGGUGGCCAACAACACCAUCCUCGGCGAGACCGACGCCGCGCUCAUGCCCGACUCGGAGCUUGGCUCCUUCGAUAUCUAUAAACAUAAGGCGAACGUGGCAGAGGCCGGGGCUUCGACCAACGAAGACGCGAGUGACUUUCAGAGUGGGGUUUCAGAACUGGACCUGGAAAUGCAGCGGCUGAUAGAUUCGCAGGUGGACUCGCACAAGAUCGGCAGCGCCAUCGCGACGGAGGCGCUGCGCCGCUCGCCGCACGGCUUCUCGCCCGACCUGCCGCCCGACGUGCUGCAGGACGCCGUGUUCUUGCAACAGCCCAACCUGGUGGACAACAUAUUCGGCGUGGAGAUGGGCAACUUCAACCAAGUGCGCAACAACGUGUCGCUGAGCGCGGCGGGCGGCGAGAGCCCGCCGGUGCCGGGCGCCGAGCUCCCGGGCACGCCGCCGUCCGUGUCGCCGCCGCUGCAGUCUCUCGGCCUCGACGGGAACGGCGAGGCCGCCAUGGCCGUCAUCAUGAGCCUGCUCGAGGCCGACGCCGGCCUCGGCGGACCCGUCAACUUCUCCGGCCUGCCGUGGCCGCUGCCUUAAAUUGCUCAUUUGUUUAUUUUGUACGGUCAACAUUGUUUUCGUGGCAAGGAAAAUAUCUUUUCUCAAAAAU